CAAUCAUGGCUACUAAUUUCAUUGUUCUCAUUAUUAUUCUUCUUUUUUUUCCAACUUCCAUGUCUAUUUCUACACAGAAAAUAUGUAACCAAACUGAAUAUCCCUCCUAUUGUCAAAACAUAUUCAAUUCUUCAUCAUCGGCAGAGGAUAAUGAUAUUUAUUAUUAUGGACGACUUGCAGUACAAACAUCCUUAGUCAGAUCAGAAAGGUUUGUAAACUCAGUUCAGAAUUAUUUACAAUAUUCAUACAAUAUCGACAACAACACCAAAAACUCAGGAGAUGGCCCCACACAAACCCUAGCUUUAAAGGGUUGCAAAGAUUUUGCUUCUUCUAAUGUAUAUAUGCUUGAUAAUAUCAUAGCAAUGAUAAACAACACUAACCAAGUCCUUCCAUUCUCACAAGCCAACACCUUACAAGACAAGCUCACUGCCCUUUUGCCUAAUCUCUACACUUGCUUAGAUUUAUUAGAAACCACUCCUACAUCUGAGAACAUUAGAAACGACUUAUCGCAGAUGAUAGACGACGAUGUUAAGGUUCAUAUGAUCUCUCUCACUCUUUGCACCGAAGGUUGGGUGUCCAAGGAUAAGAAAAACAUUAAUAAUAAUAAUAAUAAUGGUCAACAAUCUCCUCCUCUGCUAAGUAAAUUCAAGUUAGCAUCAGAUAAGGCGAAUAAGAAAGCGAUUUUGGAGUCGAUUUUGAAAGGGGUAAAAGUGAAUGUGGAUCAUCACCAUCAUAGUGAAGACGAGAAUCAGCAAGGUUUUGUCAUUAUAAACGAUUUUGUUGUUGUGAGCAAAGAUGGUAGUUGGGACUUUACAAGUAUCAACGACGCUAUCAACGCAGCACCUAGUCGUAGUUAUAAUGAUGGUUACUUUUUAAUCUAUGUCACCGCCGGUGUUUAUUCAGAGUACGUCAAUGUAGGCGCCGAAAAGACUAAUUUGUUUUUACUCGGUGAAGGUAUUCACAAGACUGUUAUCACUGGAAACCGAAAUAAUGCUGAUGGAUUUUCUAUUUCAAGUUCAGCAACUCUCUCUGUGUCAGGUGAUGGUUUUAUGGGUGCAAAUCUAUCAGUAGUAAACGCAGCUGGACUACACAAAGAACAAGCAGUGGCUUUACGAAACACUGCCGACCACUCCACAUUUUAUAGCUGCAGCUUCGAAGGGUAUCAAGACACACUUUAUAUUCAUUCACACCGUCAAUUUUAUAGAGACUGUGAUAUUUACGGAACAGUAGAUUUCAUAUUUGGUAAUGCUACAGCUAUAAUUCAAAAUUCCAAUAUCUAUGUCCGAAAGCCUCUUUUAGGUCAAUCUGCAGUGAUCACAGCCCACGGUCGAACCCACCCAACUCAACAAAGUGGAAUCUCAAUUCACAAUAGCAACAUUCUACCCACAACAGACUUGACAACCUCUAAUGCUAGACUCGAAAGACGUAGAAGAACCAAGGCUUUUCUGGGGAGGCCGUGGAGGGAUUGUGCACGUGUUGUGUAUAUGCAAUCUUACAUGGAUGGAGUUAUUGACUCAGCUGGGUGGCACAGAUGGGAUCAAACUGAUUUUGGUUUGAAUGAUGCUUAUAUGGGAGAAUAUAAUAAUUGGGGUCCUGGAUCGCAUACUGAAAAACGACCCAAGUGGUCAGCUUUUCAUAUUCUCAACACCACUGAUGCUCAGGAUUUUACUGUGUCUAAUUUUAUAGAUGGUGAUUCGUGGUUGCCACAGACGGGUGUACCUUACACUGGUGGAUUGAUUUAGCUUAAAUUUAUUAUGCAUAUAAUGAUAUAUGCAUAGAUUAACAUUUUAUUAGCAUACAUGUUUAGUUAAUGUAUUUUUAGUUGGGUGGAAUCGUAAGCUACCCCUACUUUUAUUUUAUUUUUAAACUAUUUUAAUUCUUUUAGUAUAAAUUGGAAAAUAAAAAAAAAAAAUUAAUUAGUGCAACUAGUAUUUGAAAUUUAUUUUUGAUAUAAAGUUAUAGCACACCAAAUUGGGAUUUACCAUACACAUGCAUUGGAAGGCAUGCACAUGCACGUGCAUAUAUA